AUGUCUGACCCGGAGUCUUCGGUGGCGGCCUCGUCCUCGCCCUCUCUUUCGGCCACCGACUCCAAUGCCCUCAACUAUGCCUUCCUGGUGCAUUCCCAGAAAACUCUCACCCAAAACCUCCCUCCUCGUGUCGAUAACAAGCUUUUAGCACGCCAGAAACGACGUCGAACUAGACGCGUCUCGGCUAAUCGGCGUGACCGUGUCUGUCUGUAUAGCCCAGAGGAUCACGCGGUUCUCGAAGCCGAAUACCAGAAGAACCCGAAACCGGACAAGGUUGCCCGAGCGAGCAUUGUCAGCCGCGUCUCGCUCGGCGAGAAAGAGGUCCAGAUCUGGUUCCAAAACCGUCGUCAGAACGACCGCCGCAAAUCCAAACCGCUCCAGCCGCACGAACUACUCGCUCUUCGGUCGAGCAUGACCGACUCGUCUGCACAACCCGCUAGUGAUGACAGCGCGUCGGCGGAGCCAUCCUCGAGUGGGGCGGAGCCAUCAUCGGACACGCAGGAUCUUCACGGGCCGCGGACCUCGAAACCAUGGGAUGGGGAGAUUUUGCAGUUCUCUGAUCGAUCUGACCCCGUAAGCGAGGAUAAAGAAGAACCCGGACUGCCAUCACAAAGUAGCCAGUCCACCGUCGCAACAGAAGCUCUGGAUGACACACAAACAACCAUUCACGAGGACCUUGAGCAACCCGUCCAGGACAUGGAAGACGCGUCUUCACCACAGCCGCCGAAACGGAAACGCUCCGUGUCUGACAUCCGCGGUGAGGGUGGAAACGAGCAGUCCAGCACAGAAAAAUCGCCGCCGUCGCUGCGGCUGUCUCUGUCGUUCGAUGGUGAGGCCAUGGUGCGUAAGGAAGGCGAGCUGACCCCGUCGCCGCCGAAAAGCCGCAACGCAUUGCGCAUUGCCAUGUCGUGUGAUGGCAAGGCCGUCAUCCGCGCAGAGGACGAGCCCUCACCUUCCAAAAAUCGCGUUGCUAUGUUCUCUGUCCGCCGCACAAAACUCUCGGGUCUCCGGCGCAGCAGCAGUGCCAUCUUCCCUACCACAACCGAGAAAGACCGCGUGUUUGGCCGGUCACGCGAUCCGCGGAACUGGGAGUCGUUCGUUGACACGGACGCCCGAAGCGCGUUGUCCACGCCGACCAGCUCCCAACCUGGCCCGAAUGUCGCAUCUCCGGGCCUGUUUCAUUCACGUUCCCAGCGCUCUUUGAGCAGAAGUCUCUCGGCCAGACACAGUCUCUUGGCCCGUGCCGAGGCGAUCACCACUCCCAUCUCUCAGUCGAUAAGCGAGAAGCGGCGGAAACUCUCACGGACCGUCUCUUCCCUAGGACGGCUGGAGAACAGCCGCAACCGGGGCAUGGGCUACGCCCCAAAGCCGCCAUUCAAGCCCAUGUCGUCCAAGUUGAGCAGCAAGCCAGAUUUCCAGCUGGAUGAUGAUGACGAUGGUGAUUCAGACAAGGAGAACUGGGUCCCAGGCACUCGGACCUCGAACGAGACCAACCGGAACCGAGGGUUGGGCAUUAUGACCAAUGGCAAGCGUAACAGGCCAUUCCCGAAUGGAAACCAGAACAAGGCUCCCCCUGAACUCAGUGCAGACGUCUCAGCGUUUAUGAGUGGUGAUGGCGGUGCCAGUCAGGAAGAUGAUCUGGACUGUGUGCAGGGCUUGUUGUCGCUAAGCCAGGGGGCAUGGAGAUGA